GAAGAGAGCAGACCACGUCACACGUCACAUCGAACAUUCGCCAUGGAACGGAGUCAUCUAUACUUGCCUACCUUGAGCUAUGCGGCCAUGGGUCACGUAUACGCCCCGUAUCACGGGAGCAGCUCACCCGCUUUAUCAGCAGUAUCGUCGUCAUCAUCGAAGCCGGAGCAGAUCGAGGAGCUGGUGUCCCAGCAGCUGCAUCACCUCAAGAUGCACUACGCCGACGAGGAGCAACGCUAUGUGGACCAGAUGCUCCUGGAGAAUCCCAUUGUUGUGGAGCGCCGCGCACCGCCGCCGCUGAAAACGGAGAUCGCCAUGGAACGGGGAUCGGGUUCCGGGUCAGGUUCCGGCUCUGGAUCGGAGGUGAAGGAUGCCCAGCGCCAGAGGGCCGAGUCCUGUCGCAAGUCCCGCUACAACAACAAGAUCAAGAAGGCCAAGCUGCGCUUCCGGCACAAAUUCGUCAGCGGGCAGCUGAAGAAGAGCGCCGUCAUGUUGGACACGAUGCGGGAUGUGAUAGCGCAGGCGGAGAGGCAGCUACUCGAGCGGGGCUUCCCCGCCGCCACCCUCGAGCGCAUGCGUGCCACCUUUGGCCUGGAAAUGGAGCAGUGA